AUGGUUUCCUCAAUUGACUUGAAAGCAUUGAACAUCUUUGUCAACCAGCCUGUGUCCCAGAACAUGAUCCACAAGUUGGUUGUCACCACUUUACAGGUGCUCCCAUGUCUGGACGACAGAGAUGGCAAGACUGCCCAUAGCGGUAAGCCAUUGCCUUCCCUCAUGACCUUCAUCAACAAGUUGGUCAGAUACACCAAUGUCUACACUGGUACCUUGAUGACCACCUUGGUGUACUUGGACAGAUUGAAGCACAAGCUUCCAAAGAACGCUCAGGGCUUGCCUUGCACCAGACACCGUAUCUUUUUGAGUUGUCUUAUCUUGGCUUCCAAGUUCCACAAUGACUGUUCUCCAAAGAACGUUCACUGGGCUAAGUACACUGACGGUCUCUUUUCCGUCAAAGACGUGAACCUCAUGGAGCGCCAGUUGCUUUACCUCUUGAACUGGGGCAUGCGUGUCACCAACGAAGAGAUGUGCGCUCAAUUGGCUUCUUUCUUGGAACCAAUCAAGGAGGACUUGAUCAAGCUGUCGAAGAUGAGAAAGUACUUGGCCAAGCAACAGGCUGCCGCUGCCGCUGCCAAUGCAUCUGGUUCCACCAGCAUCAAAUCGAGCCCCAAGUCGGCUCUGGUUUCUCCUUCGCCAACUAUCUCCCGCUCAUCCUCCACUACCUCACACUUGUCUUUGCACAACCCACAUGCUCACCACACUCGUCAGAACCUGGCUGCAUCGGUGGCUUCCACCAAUUCUGUGAUGUCACAUUACAGACAAGACUCCUCUAGCUCCUUGGAGCUGCUUAGUCCUAGGAUCCCCAUGUCGAAGAGUCACAGCUACAAUGACAAGCUCUGUCGCGAUGUCGAUCCUCGUAUCGAAAUGGCUGCAAGAAACGAGGAGCAGGAGUUAUCUAGAAUGAUUUCUCAAAUCUACAAGCAAGGGGCAUAA